ACCCAGCAAGACAUCUUUGAGGCUGUAGGCCAGCCGAUGUGCGCGAGCGUCCUAGAAGGCUUCAAUGGAACAAUCUUCGCCUACGGACAGACGGGAGCAGGGAAGACCUUCACGAUGCAGGGAGUUGACGACGGGAGCGUAUCCGACGACAGCACCCAAGGGCUGAUCCCGCGGGUCUUCUCCUUCCUCUUCUCGCGCAUCGAGGAGCUCAAGGCCGAAGGGGUCGACAUCUCCUGCAAGUGCUCCUACCUGGAGAUCUACAACGAGGCCGUCACCGACCUCUUGAGCGACAGCGCCAGCAGCAUCACCAUCCGAGACGACCCGAAGCGAGGAGUGCUGAUCGAAGGAGCCAGCACUAUCCCCGUCAAGUCAGCUGCCGAGACGACCAACGCCCUGCUGCUGGGCUCGCAGAACCGCAAAGUCGCGGCGACGUGCAUGAACAAGGAGAGCUCUCGGUCGCACUCGCUCUUCACGGUCUACGUGCAGGCACAUCCUCUCCUCCUCCGUCUCGCCCUCACCCUGACCGGCUUCCGUUUCAACCUCAUCGACUUGGCGGCAGGCUCGGAGCGGCAGAAGUACACGCAGGCGACGGGAGACCGUCUGAAGGAGGCGAACAACAUCAAUCGCUCCCUCUCAGCGCUCGGCAACGUCAUCAUGGCCUUAGCCAACGGCAACGGGCACGUGCCCUACAGGGACUCGAAGCUGACCUUCAUGCUCAAGGACAGCAUCGGGGGGAACAGCAAGACCUGCAUCAUCGCCUGCUGCAGUCCAGCUGAGGCCUGCUACGAGGAGACACUGUCGACGCUCAAGUUCGUCAGGUUCGCGAAGCUGGUCAAGAACGUGGCGGUUGUCAACCAGGAG